CCAUUCUCAAUAGAGACAAUAGUCUCCACCUCUCCGACUGCAACCCCCCUUCCCUUGUGCGCUCUCUCUCUUUCUCUCUCACUCGCUCUCUCGAAGUCCGUGGGAUCCCCAAUCGAUCCCCUCCGUUCAUUCCGUGUAUCACCUUCUCCUCCCGGGAACCUGUUGACAGGAGCUGCACCCAGCACAGUUGACUGCUCGUCCAAUGACCGUCCGCCGAGGAGAUCGUGCUUCAGUCCCUAUCCGAGAGCACAUGGCCAUUGAUGUGUCCCCAGGACCAAUACGACCCAUUGCCCAAAUCUCAGCUUAUUUUCCACACCCUGGGCUGGAAGGGGUGCUGACAACACAAGAUAGGAUGAGGAGUGAAGGAACAACAACUGUGUCUCCAGGAACCGGAGAAGGAGAAUCCACUGACGGAUAUGAUUCUGAUGAGAACACAUCGCUUGGGACUCUUGAAUUUGACAUUCUCUAUGAUCCAGAAAGCUGCACCCUUGACUGCACCAUCCUACGAGCCAAGGGACUGAAGCCAAUGGAUUUUAAUGGCUUGGCUGACCCUUAUGUCAAACUGCACCUCCUUCCAGGCGCUUGUAAGGCAAACAAACUGAAAACACGCACCCAGCACAACACUCUCAAUCCUGUGUGGAAUGAGGCCCUUGUCUACAAUGGGAUAACUGCAGAGGACAUGGCCCGGAAAACGCUGCGAAUCUCUGUCUGUGAUGAGGAUAAAUUGACCCACAACGAGUUCAUUGGAGAGACUCGGGUGCCUUUGAGACGCCUGCGUCCUGGCCAGAAAAGACAUUUCAACUUGUGCUUAGAACGGCAGCAACCGCUGGCAUCCCCUUCUUCCAUGACUGCAGCCCUGCGUGGAAUCUCCUGCUAUCUGAGAGAGUUGGAACCCCCAGCUGGCUGGGCCCUGGAAGAAAGGGGUCGCAUCCUGCUCGCCCUCACAUACAUCUCCGAACGUCAUGGAUUACUGGUGUCUAUUCUCCGCUGCGCCCACUUAGCUGCCAUGGAUGUGUGCGGCUACUCGGACCCUUAUGUAAAAACCUACCUGAAGCCAGAUGAAGAGAAGAAAUCGAAGCAUAAAACAACCGUGAAAAAGAAAACACUAAACCCGGAGUACAAUGAGGACUUUUUCUAUGAGAUUGAACAGUCAGAUCUUGGACACAAAUCCUUGGAAAUAACCGUUUGGGAUUACGACAUUGGGAAAUCAAAUGACUUCAUUGGUGGGGUGACCCUGGGAUUGGGGGCCAGUGGGGAGUGCCGGCAACACUGGCUCUCGUGCCUCCAGACCUCUGACUGCCGCCUGGAACAUUGGCACACCCUCACCAACGAGCUCCCAGAAUCCUCCACUUUUGGCCCUUGAGGCCCCCGUGACUCCCCGUAGAACUGCACCCUUCGACCUUGCCUGCCUGCCAAAAACCAACUGGAGGGGCCCAGCACCCAGAGGCCCCUCCUUUGCACGAGGACGUUUGCACGUUUCAAAACUACUUGUCGUGGGGGACCAUUUAUGCUAUGCUCUAGGGAGGCACAUAGAUGGGAGGCGUUCCUCUUCCGGUACAUUAAGGCCACGUGGUGGGGGACUGGGGGCAGAUGCAGAAGGGUUGGAGGCCCAGGAAGAGGAGGAAGGAUCCGACGGGCAACAAUUGGAAUUGCUAUGUGUACCGAGCGAGCAUCAAAUCAGUGAAGUCAAAAAUACUCCCUCUGUCCUCCCAGCCUUUCUCUUCUCCCUGCUCUUCUUUCUCCCCUUGUCAACUAAGAGUUGUUGUGAAACGCUUUUACUUUUAUACAAGAUCUUUGCUGGCUGCAGAACAUAUAUUUUUUAACCUUUCAAAAGUAACAAACAAGUCAAAAGGAUCAAGCAAUUUCAUUUCAAAGUCCCAAAUACUAUCUUUUUCUUAUUUUCCACACGGGCGCCUUUCCUUGCUCCUUUUAACUUAGAAAUGUCAGAAGCAAUUAGUAUUUCUGAACCAUAAGAAAAAAUCAGCUUCUGCAUGGAUUUUCCAUAUGGCUUAGUUCUUCUAAUUAAACUGCUGGGUUCCGAAGCAUGCUGGCUUAAGCUAUGCAUCCCUUUGAUUUCUAUGUAAAGCAAUCCCCCCUGAUCCCCUUGCAGAGAGUUUUCCCCAUCCACCCUAUUGUUUCUAAAACAAAGGGUCAGAGAAAAUAAUAUUGUGCUCUUUAUUUGCUUCAUGUUUAUUUGCUUAACAUUCAGUGCUCUGUUUUUUCCUUCACAUUGCAACAUAUUCAAAUCUAAAAAGAUUCUGGGGCAAACUGACAGUUGGGGAGGGGGGACCAAAAAUGUCAAGCCUGAAAGGGUGGCAUAGAGCUUCUAGAUAGGACACAGAUGAAUGCAGAAUAAAGAACAGCAAUUUGGGGAGAAGUAUAAAUCUACUAACACAAUCAAAAAUCAUACGAUCUUUUCUUGCACUCCCAUUACGGUGCUGCCUCAGGCUUAACUGGUGAUUGAUUAGAUAUUUCCCACUUUUAUCUGUACCAUGAAUCUCCUUCCUAUAAAUCUACUUUUUGUUUUAGUCUUAGAGCAAAUAAUUUUCACUUGUCUCUUUUGAAUUUCAUUGUGUUAGUUUCAGGGUAGUUUUCCAUUGAAUUUUAAUCCUAUCAUCCAGGAACAUUAACUCUCCUUCCCAGUUCUAUACCACCUGCCGGAUGGAUAAGGACUUUUAUCUCUUUACCUUUGCCAUUAAUAAACAUGGUUAGAACCAGCAGCAUCAAACCUCAUGUCUGUGCCGUACAGUACAUCUUUUAACAGAGUUUCCUAGCCCUGAAUGUACUAAACAGUAUGUGUUCACCCACACUGAACAAGUUUGCCAAUCCAAACAGGAUUGGGGACCAAUCACAGAAUUCCCAAAUGCCAUUAAGCUGGUAACCUGGAAAGAAAAUAUAAGAUUAGCCUGGAUCGGUCAUGAAUAAACUUGACACGCUCGUUUCAAUGUGCCACUGCAUCAUUAUCCGGAGGCAUGCAGCAUCUUUUAUACUCUGUUUUAGGGCGUUCUUGAUAUUCCCCAGGCAGACUGGUCUCGUUUUCCUUUUCUUUUCACCAAUCCAUCCAUACACCUUAAAGGGCAACUCUUCCAGCCCCAAAUGUGCGAGCUCACAGAAUUAAGCUAGGAAUGUUCUAAUCUUCAGUAUCAGUCUUGAAUAGGAAUCAUGCUGUUUAAAGCAAAGUUUGCUGUAACUUUGCUUCAAAGAAACAAGGAUUGGGCAGGUGUUUUUUUAACUGAUUAAGUGGCAGGCUUACCAUCUCCUUCUCCUUCCCCUAAUACAAUCUCUACGAUUCACUUGUAUUUCUGGACAAUCUACCGUUCUUGGAGCCUCGUUGCGCUUUCUGUGUGAGUUUUCUCUUCCUAAAAUGUUCAGCAACUUCCUAAAUGUUAUUUUCUGUGCAACUACCUGGUUUUCUAAAUAUCUGUCACUUUUCUCUCUCCAGAAUUGCUUGUAAUUGUGCCUUUACACGUUCCUACUUAAGAAUGUAAACACGGCUGGACCUUUUGGCCAUCAUAUGUUUACAGAACAGGUUCAGGCCAGCCCUAACCUGAGUUAGGGGAAGAGGUUUGUUGAAAUUAGCAAGAGUGAUGGGUCUGACACAUGCACAGAGCAGAUUCUGCCUUCUUCUUAGCCUAACCGAAGAGGUCUGUUGCAGGCAACCAAGCUAGUGAUUAAAGGUGGAAAUUAACAUUAAAGGCAGAAAUUACUGUUUAGCUUAUUCUUAUUUUAUCACUAUGUGAGAAUGAGGAUGGGGGAGAAGUAACCAUUUGAAUUUUCUUCCUGAGGUACCAAAAUAUCUUGGACCACCUCAGUUAAAAACACUCACUUCCUCUCUGAACAGUAUAGCUAUUCACCAAGAGACACGCAGUACCCGAGUGACAAAUCUGUUUGCUUUGUAAGAUGUGAAUCAACGCUGAAAGAGAGGUAGUGUCUUCCAUCUGUGUUUAUACACAAUUGUUUUUCAGCCAAGUAAAAUGAGCUCUUUUGUUUCUCUUAAAGCUGAUCUACCCGUACCUGAAAAAUAUUCUCUUCUUUCAACUGAUAAAAGAUCUUUUUUUUUCCUUACAGUUUUUACUACAGGACAGUUUCUUAUGUAUUCCCACCAGCACUAAAAAAUAUCUGUAGCAAAAAUAAUAAAGCACUGCAGUGAGUAGCAACAUUUGGAGAAACCAUCUUGCAAAAUAAACUAAAAUGCAGUUACAAUACAGGGAAUGUUUUUGGCUCGGGUAGAACCGUUGCAAGCAUUUUGAAGAUUAAACUGCACUUAACCUGGGCAAGGGGAAGGGAUAGAUGUCAAAUGUUUACACAUGCAGUGGAAAAACUCCUGGUUAUUAAUAAGGUUUGUUCUCUCUUCCAACCCUGACUAGGAGAUUUCGAGCACUUUUUUUUUUAAAGAGUCCCCUGACUUCUAAGGAACUUUAUUUUCUUUUGUUUGCAACAAAAGAGAGCUUUUGCUCUACCUCGUAAACAGAUGUACUAGUUCAAGCAGACUUUUCUUUACCAAUGUGUAAAUGAUGGCACAUCAUACA